AUGAAGGCAUUCCUUAACCGCAUCAACAGGGGCCUCUCCAGUCGCGGCGACAAAGACAAGGAGCCCGUCCUCAGGGAAAAGAUACCCAACCUUCCUCCCCUCCCUGAUUGGCCUCCUCAGCGCGCAACAUCCACCCCCAGCACCAUCGAUUCCUCCAAGCCGCUACCGGAACUGUCUGUACGCCCCCUUCCGCCGAUUGAGGAGCCCUCGUCGUCAGGCUCAACCGACUCGUCUGCAACUCCGACUCCCGUCCCUCACGACUCGGCAGACGAUGAACCUGGCAUUUCCAGCAAGUACGCUUCCCCAGACACCUCAGCCUCCUCAUCUCGUCCAGAGCCCGACUCCGCCGGCCGCAGUUCGCGCAAGACGACAAAUGGCACAAUGAGCAAUGGUACCAACAGCGACGUGCAGAAAAAGGUCGCAUUCCUCUCACCGCCCCCAACGCCUGGCCCUACCGAUCGCCCUCUACCCGACGUCGAGACAUCCACGCCACCCAGCGCCGUGCCGUUAAAGACGACUGUGUCGCGUUUCCAGGCCGCGCAUGCCAAGGACACGCGCGGAUCAACAUCAACGGCGACCUCGUCGAAGACGGACAUUCCCUCGACUGCUCGUUCAGCGAAGCAGUCGUCGACGCGCGCCGCAACGUCUCCGUUCACUGCGCGCAGCUAUGGCGACGGCGCGUCUAUCCACCCUUCAGUGCGAUCAGGAACGCCAUACUCCCAAACAACGAACGCGAGUAGCCGAAUACUAGCCGCCCAAUCGUGGAGUGAAGUUGCGGAGGAGGAUUUGGUGUCCAACAUCGGGCAGCGGGAGAGGACACGGCAGGAGGUGCUCUGGGAGAUUGUGGCCAGCGAGGAACGAUAUGUGAACGAGCUACUGAAGCUGAAGGAGACCUUUAUUGACGCGCUCAUGCACCCCUAUUCCGCAUCCUCUCCUAUCUCGUCGCCUACACCGAUCGAAUACGACGACUAUCCUCGAUCGGACACGCCAAGGGAGUCACUUGAACAUCUUCCAAUUGCCGCACGCUUCCUGUCUCCCCUCGACGAUGGCCACCCGACCAUUGACGGUGAGUCGUUGAACUCGGCAGAGGAAGAGGAGGCGGACGACCGCAUGGGCGCUGCGUACCAUUCACGAAACAAGACCUCGACGGGCAUGAGCCAAUCGGCGAAACAUAACCACCCGCGUUCACCAUACAACGCGCGGUCAGGCGGGGCGAAGUAUGGCACGUCAGUGCCGUUCCCUUCGCGAUCACAUCAAUCUCUGCCGCCACCUCCGCGAAUGAACCCAAUGUCGUCAUCGACGCAUUCUCUCGGUCGACAGUCGUUGAUUGCGGACAGGAACGGUGACUAUCAUGGCGAGACGGGUGCGCCAUCAACGAGAGCGACGACGUCGGCGGGUUCCAACGUCUUGCGGAAGUUCAAGAGAAGCAAUGCAACGCCUGAUCCAGUAGUGGGCAGCGCGGUGCCAUCAAGGGACCUCCCAGAAGAUCUGCGAAAGUGCUUGGAGGUCAUUGAAGGGGGCAUCCUUGAGGGCCAUAUCAGGCUGAGUGAGGGAUUGCGGAAGAGAUACGAGGAGCAAUACCCUCUUGUGCGAUCACUUGCGGAUGUAUUUGUCUCGAACUCGCAUAUACUCCAGGGGUACGCGACCUACGUGCUCCAUCUCGAACGGGCGCUGGAGCAAGUCGACAACGCUUUGUCGAACGCGAGCGCGAACAAAAAGCCGAAAAAGCAGGACGCAGAUCAGUGGCAAAAGAUCUGCCAGACGCUGCAGCGGCUCGAGAUGGUUGCGUCCGAGAAGGGCGAGACUGGGCUCGCGAUCUCGCUCUCGAAGCCGUUCCAGCGGCUGCUCAAGUAUCCGCUGCUUUUCCAGAAUUUGCUCUUCCAUACGGAUCCGAGCACCUUUGAGUACGAGAGCACGCUGCAGAUGGUCGCGGAGGUGGAGUCCAUCGUGCGUAGCAUCGAGGACGAGAAGAUUCAGAAGGAGGAGCGCGACAAGACCAGGGACGUUUUUGCGCGCAUUGAGGGGCUCGACAAGGUUAAGCAGCUCAUGGUCCCGAAGCCGUCACGGGUGCUCAUGGAGGAGAGGCCGGCGAUGGGCGUGAACCCGGAUGGCAAGAACUCGGGAUCGCCGCCCGGGAGCGGACCGGGCGCGAAGGGCGUGAAGGGCAAGACGUCCUUGAAGCGUCUCAGCGAUGUUCUCCAAUCGAACAACGGCGUUGGAGGGAAGAAGGACCAAUGGCUUGUGGUGUUCAACGACGUGGUGCUGCGGUGCCAACGGACGGGCACAACGUCGUUGCCACUGGUGGCAGGAACAGGUUCGAGGACCAACUCGCUACCGGAACUACAGGGGAAGGCGAAGUACGCGACUACGGGCAGACGUGGUUCGCAAACGAAGCCUCGCAACUUGUACAAGUUUCUCAAGAUAGAGACAUGGGCUAUUGGAGACGUGGUACAGCCGCGAGAAGGUGUCGUCUCUAUGGAAGAUGUUGUACGCUCGCGGCAACAGGCACAUUUGAGUGCGCAGCCCCGAAUUGUGCCUCUUCCUGACGACGACGAGGAUGGUGGCGUGGAAUCGGACGACUCAGAUCGGAAAAGCAAGAUGAGCUUCUCGUACUGGGGUGCGGACAAAGUCACGCUACAGAAGCCCACUGCAGCGAAGAGACAGCUCGCAAAUACCGCACGACGAGGUGCAGCAGGUUCUUCGACAGCGUAUGGCCGUGAGUCAUCUGCUAAUGCCAAGUUUGGCACGCGUCUCGUCUCGGUGGAAUCAGCCGGUGGUGGUGGUGCCCGUCCUGCGAGCCGACGCACCCAAGCGACACCAGCAGGGCAAGGGCGGCGGCAGGCUCACUCGGAGGAAGAUCACUCUGUUAAGGCCACAGUGACAAGAGACCGUCCAGGUUGGAACGGCAGCACGCGCGCGACGUUGACCCCUGUGCCCAAACGUCCUCGGAACACCUCACAGACCAGCGCGGCCACGAGAACCACAUCGAACGCUAAGCAGCUCUCGUCGCCAGCGCCAUCGGAGGACUCUGGUGUCGGCUUUUACCGCCAAAUCAUCGCUCAGAACCCGUCUCUCAAUGCUUUGAACGCGAAUGCAUAGAUGCUCAUGGAUCCUCCCCUCUUGUCGAUGCCCGUUUCACGCUCUCACGCUCUUAUGGAUAAUAUAAACGACCAACUCUGCCACUAUCGCUAUGACCGGCAUAUGUUUUCCCUGUGUCAAUAUGCUGCUCUUUUUCAUCUCCGUCUUCAUCAUUGUCAUUGAGUACCCACAGCUGAUGAUACCGUAUCACUCAUUAUUUUGUCAUGCGCCCCCUAAUAAUCUGAGUACCCUCAUUGUGCAGUCCAUCUUCCUUAUCUCUCCAGUACCAAGUUACCCGUCAUUCUUUGCGCAGUUAUCUCUUUCCGUCCUGAGGAACGAUUGCGGAGAUCCAUGAAGACACUUCACGCUCUGUUCUGCUGUCAUCUAUAUUUCUUAGAUUUCAGAUGUAUUACAAUUAUUACCGUCAGUCUACUAACUCGAACCAUCAUCAUA